AUGUCUGUCCACAGAUCAAAUUCAAGCAGUUCCAUUUCUAACUUGCCUGCCACCUUCAAUGAACCAGUUCAGCUCGCUAUUAUUGGUGGUACUGGUCUUUAUCAUUUGGACUCUUUGACACCUGUUGCAAGACUUACUAUUUCGACACCUUGGGGUUUUCCUUCAUCUCCUGUUACAAUAUCUAAAACUGAAUCUGGUUUUCCAAUUGCCUUUUUAGCUCGUCAUGGUUUCCAUCAUGAUUUACUUCCAACUGAGGUUCCAAAUCAAGCCAAUAUCGCUGCCUUGAAAUCUUUGGGUGUCAAAGUAAUUGUGGCAUUUUCUGCCGUUGGUUCAUUAAAACAAGAGAUCAAACCAAGGGAUUUUGUUUUGCCCAACCAGAUUAUUGAUAGAACUAAAGGGAUUAGACCAUCUACUUUUUUUGAAAAAGGUUUUGUCGCUCAUGCUGGAUUUGGUGAACCAUUCGAUCCAAAAUUAAUCAAGAUAAUUUCCAAACACCAAGAUACUUUGGAUAAUUCCAAAUUACACUACCCAGAUUACACCAAGACCAACAACACUAAUGACGAUGAUGUUAUCUUAAUUUGUAUGGAAGGUCCGGCAUUUUCAACCAGAGCUGAAUCACGAUUAUACAAAUCCUGGGGUGGAUCUGUCAUUAAUAUGUCCUGUAUUCCUGAAUCAAAAUUGGCUCGAGAAGCUGAGAUUUCUUAUCAAAUGGUCUGCAUGAGCACAGAUUAUGAUGCAUGGAAUAUCAAUGAAGAACCUGUUACUGUUGAAACUGUUGUUGGAAAUUUAAAGGCAAACAGUGCCAAUGCAAACAGAUUAGCUACAGCUAUAAUUCCUUCAUUAGAAGAAGCAAUCAAAUCGAAGCAAGUUGGUAAUGAUUUGAAUGGUGUUGUUAAAAUGAGUCUUAGCACCGGCAAAAAUGGUAUUAAAAAGGAAGUUUUACAUAGAAUGCAUUUUUUAUUUCCAGGUUAUUGGCCUGCAGAUCAUUUUUAA